UACACACAAGCAACGGAUGACGUAGGCUCAUGCUGCGAAAACACCGUCAAGUUGUUACGGGCGUCAUGUCAAACAGAAUAUAUUUCUACUGAAGUGAAAGUUAUUUUAACUGUGUUUUCUACGCCAAAAUGUCCUUCAUGGCACUAGUUUGGUAUUUGACAAGCAAAACAUAUUCAUCCGCUUCUACAUGAGCGUCAAGAGCACACCAGUACCCGGAUGGACUGUCAUGGCCGCCGUCGCUGUGGAUCCAUAGAACGGAGAGAAGGAAGGCAAAUGUUUCUUCUGUGUGUUUUUUCUACCUUUACCUCCUUUUCAUAAUGCCGGACGUUGACGGGACGCCGCCUGAACUUCCAUCGAGUUCAUAGCACCAUGGACACUCCUCCUCUUCAUACACGACGUACAUUAAUGUUUGAGUUUGUCCUAAAGGAUUACAGAUAUCUUUAGACAUACAAAUAUGGAUGAAGACCUCACAAUACCUCACGAUUCUGCCAAAAACUGCAACAUAUCAGUAAUAGGGGAAGAAAAAGACAAGGUAAAAGACUUUGUGUAUAAGCAUUUAAGAGAAGUGACAGAUGGGUCAAUCUUCAAUAAUGCAGAUGAAUCUUCCAUUAAGGAACAUGGGACUCCCACCAAGAAAGAUAGACAAACUCUCAACAAAGCCCAUUGCAAAAUUCAGCAGGGGGCUGUUUUCUCUGGAAAGAUUCUGAGUUUUGGAUGCUCUGUGUGUAAAGAUGAUUCCACAUAUAGCCCCAAUGACCUCCUUAAACAUUUUCGAGCGGCCCAUAAAGGAACCCUUCCAACAUACCCUUGUGACCUGUGUGGUUUUGUCACAAACGAGUUCCCCGCUCUUCAGCGUCAUCGGAUUGAGCACAGGAAUACUCUGGUUACAUGUGAGCUCUGCGACAAUGAUGUUCAGUACUCUCUGCUUUUGCUCACCAGACACUACAUCAUGUGUCACAGUCUAAAUGGACAGUUUAGCUGUGACUGGUGUGAGUUUACAACUGUAGAUGCAGGUACAUUUGUCCAGCACAUCCAUCAUCAUAACGAGAGCCCUUGGAAGUGUUCAAGAUGUAGACAUAUCAGCUUAAAUGAAGAGGAUCACCAGAGACAUACCAAAGCUCAUUCAGGUACAUUCCCCUUCACUUGUCAGAUCUGUGGAUAUGGUGCAGCAAGAAGCGAGUAUCUUAAGAAACACAUGGCAGCUGUUCACAAAGAGGAAGCUGAUAGAAGGAAUAUUUGGAAGGCUAUGGAAGACAGUGGUAAUCCAGCAAGUGCAUCUGCAACCUUAAAACUUUUGAUAAAAAAGAGCACAGAAUCACAGGAUGCUCAGAGGAUAGCAAAAAUGAACUGUCUUUCUGGGAGUUUACCAAACCAAAAUGGCAGGCUAAUCAAACCGGAGAUAUCCUUCGAGGAGACCAACAACUUUGUGGAUGGGACUGUAGCAAAAAAGGAAAACAGAAAUUGGAGCAAAGGCUCUGAUAAUAUGGAGCAGUCAAUGCCAGUGAUGUUACAGGAAUGUGACAACUCUGCAAGUUCCGAUGCUGCAAGUUACAACAAUCCGAAUGGACUGACCGUUCUGAUGGUUAAGAACAAAAUCUCUCUUCCCCCCCACUGUACAACCAAAGUGAUGGGAUUCAAGAUGGUUGAUGGCAAAAAACAUUUAGUUCUCAAAGUAAUACCAACCUCGAAGCAAGAUUCAUCCACUCAGAACCAUUCCUUGGUUGAAGAUGUGGGCUCCUCAGUACCAAAUCCUGCAUUGGAUAAAAGCAAAGUCUCUAAUGAGAAUGGGGAAUGUUCUAAUAGCAAGAACUUAACAUCGCACUGUUUUGCUCUUUCCCCAAGAAGUGGAUCUGGCAUACAGAUAGAUCAAGACAAUAUUAUGGCAGUAAAAGUAAAGAUUGAGGAGGAGGAAACCUCUGUUUGCAACCUUGAUUCCUCACCACCUAGAGAUGACGUUGGAGAGCAAACUAACCCUUUAGUAAGUCGGCCUUUGACUUGUACAGACACAUUAUAUGCCAUGACAAGUGAGUUUGAUCACACGGGUGACCAAAGUCACCCAAGUCAAACGGCCUGCUCAGAGAAAAGGAAGUUUGAUAAUAACUCAGUCUCUGCAACAUUUAACUCUAAUGCAAACUGCCACAGUAGUUCUCAGAUCAGUAAUACUCGAACAAUGUGUGUCGGUAAGAUCACUGGUUUAUCUUCACCUUCAAAAGUUGCUCAGGAAACCUUGCUUUCCAAACAAGUCUCCAAAGAAACUAUUGAAAACUGUGGGGCUGCAGACGAGUUAUUAGUGACUGAUACAGAAGCAGACAAACUCACUGACCAACACAAAGCGAACUUUUCCUUCAACACUACAGAAAAUGAUGCCCAGUCUUGUCAGAGUACUCCAUCAAAAUCAUCCCCACCCACUUCAGGUAGCCUCAGAGAAAAUGCUGCGGACUCUGACAACUGCAAACUAAAUUCACCAAACCAAGAAGUAUUUACUUUUCACAAUUAUUCCAAGGAAACAUUUGGCACUUCACCGUACACUACCCAGAACAUUGACAACUUGUCUGAACAUUCAGCAGACAAAGAAAGUAUUUGUGAAUCAUCACAGUUUAGUUUGACAUUGGCAGAGUCUCCAGAUCCAUUCACAGAAAGUGGCAAUGGAGAACUCUAUACUCAAGAAAGGGCGUCAGAUAGCGAUGUUGAGGUUGACGAGUGUAUAGCUAGUGUUGACGAUCCUUCCACUGAGGAUGAAAAUCCAGAGUCGGUGCUACAAGACUUUAAUAUUAUCAAAAUUGAGGAGGAGAGCAUUCCUAUUUCUGACAAACAGUCAGAAACAAAGAGUAGUUCAACUUUCGCGGGCAGUUUUGUGGAGGAACAUUCAGAUGCAAUCAUUACCCAACAACUUAAUAAGGAAAGAGUUGUACCUUCGAGUGCAAGUAAUGAAUCUUUAAAACAAACAAAAACAACUCUACGAAUUCUUCAAUUGCCAGAGGGUAAGCAGCCAGUACUUCUGAGAACUACUGAGAAUCGAUUUGCAAUGCCAAUGCAGGUCAAGGCCACUCCAGGUUUUAAACUGAUAACCAAUUCUGCAAAUCCUCAGAUCAAUUUAUCGUAUAUGAAGUCAGGGUUGGAAAGAUCAGGUAACCCCACUGGAGUCACCCUUACUCCAAACAGCAGGAGAAUAGGUGUAUCAGCAGCUGCUGAAAAAGGCACAACCCUUCUCUCUGCUGUUCAGCCAGGUGUUAGCACCGCCUCAAAUCACUACCUUAUCAACAGCCCAGGAUUUAAGGGUCCCGUACUCUUCUCAAGCGCACCGCAUAAUACACCUACAGACAAGACAGCAAAGACACAGCCAACCUGCUACUUGGUACAGAGGUCUGUUCCUUUUGUUCAGACCCCUAGUGCUCCUGGCCUCAGACUGGCAAGUGCACAACUCCCACCACACUCACGGCCAGUUCUAGCCAUGCCUGUGAGCUCUGCAGACAAACCCAGUGCUUUGCAAACUGGUCGCCAGGCAUUCUUGCUUCGAUAUGUUUCUCCAACCAAAUCAGGCUUUCUAUUGAACAACCAAGAUGCAAGGACUGGGACUCAGUGCAGCCAAACCAGUGAUAGUACCGGAAACAAAGUCAUAUUUAAAAUAGUCACACCUACUGGUAGCCUUCUUACAAGUGGCGCUCCCACCUCAAGCAGUCAACCUUUGUUUUUGGCCACCAGACCUCAGACCCAGUGUUUCCUGGUAUCAUCAAACAAAGCAAAUGCAAAUUCAUCCAGUGGUGUAAAGAAACUGAUCACCAUACAAAAUACUUCACAGAAAGAUGUCAAGGAAUCUUGCAUUUCAACCUCUGAAAGGAAUGUGAAGGAACAACCUUGUGAAGCAGAGACUCCUUUCCUAGCCCCAGGGCCAAUUCGGCCUCCAAGCCAAAGGAAGAGGCGCAGGAAAGCCUUAUUUGACGAGCUUCCAGCAAUGGUGCAUAAAGCUAGAAGACUCUCAAAUAAAGUACUGACUGAGAAAGAGGCUACUGUGUUAUGGAAGCCUGUAGCCAAAGAAGCUGAAAGGACACUAAGGCUUGCCCCAUUCAGUUCAGAUCAGCAGGUCAAAUGCCCUCGUAGAUACCAACCUGUAGUGGUGCUCAAUCAUCCAGAUGCUGACAUUCCUGAAGUGGCCAAUAUCAUGAAGGUAGUUAACAGGUACAAAGGUGCUGUUACUAAAGUCUCUCUGUCUCAGAAAACAAUCCAAGCUCUUGCCGAGCUUGGUGCUCCAUGGGAAAACUCCUCGACCAAAGGCGCAUCGUCUCACAGCAGCGAUCCAAGACCCCGGCCAGUUCAGAGUUCUGUCCGAGAGCGAUUCCUUCUGAAAAUGAAGUUAAGGAAAAAAAGCAAAAAAAAGUACGAGGUGGUAGAUACUCUGUCCGGUUGUAGUCAAGAGCCCGUUGUGUUUGACUGCUGGUUUUGUGGUCGGCUCUUCAACAGCCAAGAAGAUUGGAUUGGCCACGGCCAGCGGCACCUCAUGGAGGCAACAAGAGACUGGAAUAAACUGUUUUAAAACUUUUCCAUCCCCUUUAAAUAGGAUGGUAUUCUGUCCUUCUGAGGUGGAAUAAAAUGUUGAAGUUGUAUAUUUUUUUAUUGACCUUCCGCUAUACGUUUGUUUAAUUUCAGUUCCUGUAAAUAAAUAUUCUUAAGAAAAUCAUAGUUUAUCUUUUCAUAGGUGCAUUUUCUGGUAAAUUAUGUACUGCAAGCAUGAUUUAUAUCAUGCAUGCACAGGUCAAAUUGAACUGUGAAAAUGGUACACUGUAAUUAGGAGUUCCGGUAAGAGCGGUAGCUUAAAGAAAGGGGACAAUGUCAGCAAAAGUAAUAUGUAGAGCUGGAUUAAAUUACUCAGGUGAUUUCAUAUUAAUCUGGUUUGUCAUUUUUUCUCAUACAUUUCAAAUAAGCAGAGGCCUAGUUAAAGGGACUUUUGUAUCUUUUAUUAUCCUGCAGAUGAGGACAGGAAACUAUUUGUAUAGGUUAGCUCUACCGCUUGUAGACAAAUUCCUUUGUUUCAUGCUUUUAAUGAAAAAACUUUCUGGUCCAAAAAAAUUCCAUUUUUUUUUGUCAUGUUUUAAAUUAAGGGGAUAUAAUUUUACUCUUUUAAUCUUCAGGAUAACCCAACAGUUUCCUUGUCAACCUGUACCAUGUACCUGUCAUAACUAGAUGUUUUACAGUUAUCUCCUAAAUCUCCCAAGUGUUGCAAACAGACCAAUUAAAUAAAUUCUGUAUCCGUUAGGCAUGGCUCUGUCACUACUUGAGAAAUACAGAUCAGCCCAUUUUACACCCUAUGCAGUUUCUGUGAAACAUUCGUGUUUUCAGCAACUCAGACUGUUUACUUGUGCUCAUGUUAUGAAUUGCGAAUCCACAUUUAAUUUUCAAGUUUACCGAUACAUCUUAAAGGUCCCAUGAAUCUUCUUUCAGAUUUUUACUUUUGUGGAUUACAGUGUUUGGUCAUGUAAGAAGAUUGUGGUGUAGGAGGGGAACAUCAAGAAACUUGAUUUCAAAAUCAAACAAGAAGCAUUAUCACAGGGCUCAAGAAGAAGAUUAGGCAUCCACUUCCAGUCCUUUUAGAUGCCAAAGUUGACUUAAUGGCUGCGUUUAAAAUAAAGAUAAAAAUUGUAAUUGACAUUUUACAGGUUAUAUGUAAUUAUAACUCAUAUGUCAAUAAUAACUAAUAUCCAACAAUUGUACUAGGGCUGCAACUACAAAAUAUUUUCACUUUCGAAUGAUCUGUCCAUUAUCAUUUUUGAUUAAACAAUUAACUGCUUGAUCCAUUAAAUGUCAGAAUAUAGUAAAAAAAAAAAAAAAAAAAGGUGAACUCAUCAGCCAUUCAUUAUUUUGUCUGACAAACGGUCCAAAACCCAAAGAUGUUCAGUCUAUUUCCAUGUAAUACAAGAAAAAGUAAAGUCAUCUCAAGCUGGAACAAGUUACUCUCAAACAAUAAUAGAACAGAUUGGCUUUUGUUGAACGUUUUUCCUUCUUUUUGAUUGUUGUUACACCAACAUCAGGCAACCUCAACACUUCCUGCAGACAUUUCUUUUAAAAACCUGUCAGGAAAGAAAGGGAUUAUGCUCUUAAAGCCCCUGGAAGGCUGACUGGGCGGCCAAUAAUCUCCGACCCUGUGUUAACAUACCACCCUCUAUGUAACAACAAACCUUUUGGCACUCCAACAUUUAUGGAAACGCAAUCAUUGAACCUGUGAUAGUCAUCAUUAAAAUAAAGACAAAGGUACUUUUGACGUUGGAUAUGGUUGGUGGGAUCACUCCAGAAGUACAAGUGUGAUGGCAGAACAUUUUUAACCUUAACAGAAAUAGAUGAGGGUGUAUAUAAAAACUUGAAACGGUUUUGACAUGGAUUUGCUAUAGAACAAGGUGCAACCCCAGAUAAACAACACAAAAGGCAUUUUCAUACCAUUACACUUUUUUGUUUUUUAUAAAAAAGGUUUUUGUUUUUAUCAAAUACUUUCAGACGUGAUUCUUAGUUUUGGUCACAGUUGUUUUAUUAUGCUGUGUUGACAGUUUUAAGUGUAGUAGGAGCCUUGAAUGUAACCAAUGUGUUUGGACUCUUCAUCAACUUUCACCUGUUAUUGCAUUAAUUUUGUACUAUAAAUCUGCUCACUGGCAUCAUUGAGUCUAGUAUAUUGUACAUAAAUGUGUUUAAAUGUUAUUUGACACUUUUUUUUCAUGGCAACCGGACGUGGACUUUGUUUUUUUUUUCAUGGGUUUUAAUGAUUGUAUUACAUAAUGAUCGAACUGUGGAAUUAAUGUUUUAUUCCGUUCAAUAUGCAAGUGACUAAACAAUGCAAGCCAUGCUAAUGAUUUUGUCCUCUCGAAACAGCCAGCCUCCAAUUACUGAAGUUCUGACCUCAGCAGGUCCUGCUUCUCACCAGCAUUUGCUAAAUGUUCAUCUUAAUCACUCCAGUCAACAGGGCAUUUUAUUUUACAUUACGUGAAUUCCCUGAACUCAUUUCUUGCAAAAAGAUUAAAAAGUAUGGUGUUAGUAGUGGCUACAUUCCACUCAUAUUUGACUUUGACCAUUAAAACCAUACAAUCAUUCAACUUUUAUUUGCGGCAUGGGCUGUUCUUAAAGGAAUUGUUCAACAUUUUGGGAAAUAAAUGUACUCUUUUUGUAAUUCCCCUUAAAACCACUAAUGAUCAUUGACUCAUUGCUUUUUGUGUACAGCUUAAAGGGAUAGUUCAGAUUCAUUGAAGUGGGGUUGUAAAAGGUACUUACCCACAAACAAUGUAUUUUAACCACCUAAAAGAUGGCCCGCCUUAAAAAUGUUAUAUCUGUUUAUGUGUACACUAUAUUAAUUAUAUGUCCACAAAUUUUUGUUGCUAUCCACAACCGUUUCAGUCGGCACUAUUUUUUCUCAACCGUAGAACUUCCAUGUUCCAUGAACUCAGGUUCUUUCUUGGGCUUCAUCUUGAGGUCUAGUUUCCACAGAAGUUUCCUCUGUCUUUCAGCCCGUUCAGUCUACAAAAGUUCUUCUGUAUAUUCCGUUUCAUAAAGAUAUCCUUUUGUCUACAUAUUGAACAGCAUUUCAUCAUGGCUGACCUAAUCACUCAUUUUUAUUUUCUUGUAUUUGUUAUAUCUUACAAAAACUAUUAGCUACUUGAUUCUGACCAAAACAGCUGAUCUGCGGCAGCACACAAACUAUAUUCUUUUGCGUAGGAACAUGGAUGUUCUACAGUUGAGAAAAAGUAGUGCCAAAUGAAACGGCUGUGGAUGGCAACAAAAAUCUGUGGAUAUAUUCAACAUAUGGUAUAAACAUAAAAGGGUAUAACAUUUUUAGGGUGGGCCUUUAUUUAGGUGGUUAAAAUAUGUUUUGUUGCAGGCCCCGUCUGCAGUCUGUUUGUUGUCUGGAGCACCUCUGGUUCUCCAAACUGGGAACGUGCAGACCAUCAUCUACUGCAGGUAAUACACUGACUGUGAAUAAGUACCUCAUACAACCUCACUUUAAAAAAAAUCUGAACUAUCCCUUUAAGGAAGAUGUCGCAAUUAAUGAGUUUGCUUUGGACAAGGCCAGGCUUGUCCUCCAGCCUUCAUGCUAACCACAUGCAGACACAAGUUCUACAAAUAACACAAAGAUGUGGCAUCAAUUAGAUUACAUUGAAAUCAAUUUUCAUGUCUUGUAAAGAAAGCACAUAAGCUUAGCUAACAAAAUGUUGAACCGUUCCUUUUAUCGAAGUAGCUGCAGAAAGCUAACUUCCUUGGUCAUUAUGUCUCUUUUCUAAGACCACCCAUCUUAUGGUCCCUUUAGAUGUAAUAACAUCACAGCCCAGUAAAAAAGAAAUUGAAAUACUAGUACUGUUUUUUACAUUUCAUUGUAAGGUUGCAAGUGAAUAAUUUUCAAAUUGCUGUACAGUUUCUGUUCAUGGGGGGAAAAGAAACUGACUCAGCCUGAAAAAUAUCUUAACAUCACAAGGAUCAGUGUUAUAACUUCGUUUAAAGGAUUGAAGUUUUCUCCCGUAAAAUAGUCAUGUGGUUCUUCUUAAACUUGUUCAGGCUACAAAUUAAGUCUUGCUUACAUAUACAGUAUUUAAAGGUAAAAUAACAGGCUGUAAAGUAACUAAAGGUUUCUAAUAGUUUGACUUUUGUCAUUGCAAUCCUUAUAUUGUGGGAUAUUCAGUUGUUUUCAUUCUUUAAACUGGAACUUAACUCACUUUUGUGUAUUAAAAUAAUGUUGCAUUUAUGGAUAUGAUUAAUUAAAUGUGCCCCU